UCGGCGAGGCGCUCCACAUUCAGUGCCCCCACCAACGGCGCCGGAUCCUGUGCUACUGUUCGCCACCCUCUUUAAGUGACCGGGAUCGUCUCGCCCACCGCCACCAUCACCAUGCCCGGGUAUUCCAGCGAAAGGGAUAGAGGGUUUGGAGCUCCCCGUUUUGGAGGAAGUAGAGGUGGACCUCUGUCUGGGAAGAAAUUUGGAAAUCCUGGGGAAAAACUUACCAAAAAGAAAUGGAAUUUAGAUGAACUGCCCAAAUUUGAGAAGAACUUUUAUCAAGAACAUCCUGAUGUAGUUAGGCGUACUGUGCAAGAAGUUGAACAGUACAGAGCAAGCAAAGAAGUUACAGUUAGGGGCCAUAACUGUCCAAAACCGAUUAUAAACUUCUAUGAAGCUAACUUUCCUGCAAAUGUUAUGGAAGUAAUUCAGAGGCAGAACUUCACUGAACCAACUGCUAUUCAAGCACAAGGCUGGCCUGUUGCAUUGAGCGGAUUGGAUAUGGUUGGAGUAGCACAGACUGGAUCAGGGAAAACACUGUCUUACUUGUUGCCUGCUAUUGUGCAUAUAAAUCAUCAGCCGUUCCUGGAGCGAGGAGAUGGACCUAUUUGUCUUGUGCUGGCACCAACUCGUGAACUGGCUCAACAAGUGCAGCAGGUAGCUGCUGAAUAUAGCAGAGCUUGCCGUUUGAAGUCUACAUGUAUUUAUGGAGGUGCUCCAAAGGGACCACAAAUUCGUGACUUGGAAAGAGGUGUGGAAAUCUGCAUUGCAACACCUGGAAGACUUAUAGACUUCUUAGAAGCUGGAAAGACCAAUCUCAGGAGAUGUACUUACCUUGUCCUUGAUGAGGCUGACAGGAUGCUUGACAUGGGAUUUGAGCCUCAGAUCAGAAAAAUUGUGGAUCAGAUUAGACCUGACAGGCAGACUCUGAUGUGGAGUGCCACAUGGCCAAAGGAAGUAAGGCAGUUGGCUGAAGACUUCUUGAAAGAAUAUGUGCACAUCAACAUUGGUGCACUGGAGCUCAGUGCAAACCACAACAUUCUGCAGAUUGUGGAUGUGUGUCAUGAUGUGGAGAAAGAUGACAAGCUUAUUCGUUUGAUGGAAGAAAUAAUGAGUGAGAAGGAAAACAAAACAAUUGUUUUUGUGGAAACCAAAAGACGUUGUGAUGAUUUGACCAGGAAAAUGAGGAGAGAUGGGUGGCCAGCAAUGGGUAUUCAUGGUGAUAAAAGUCAACAGGAGAGAGACUGGGUUCUAAAUGAAUUCAAACACGGAAAAGCACCAAUCCUGAUUGCUACAGAUGUUGCAUCCAGAGGUCUAGAUGUGGAAGAUGUGAAAUUUGUCAUCAAUUAUGACUACCCUAACUCCUCAGAGGACUAUAUCCACCGAAUUGGACGAACUGCCCGCAGUACCAAAACAGGCACAGCAUACACAUUCUUUACUCCUAACAAUAUUAAGCAAGUAAAUGACCUCAUCUCUGUGCUUCGGGAGGCUAAUCAAGCCAUCAACCCCAAAUUGCUUCAGCUGAUUGAAGACAGAGGUUCAGGUCGCUCCAGAGGUGAUCGACGUGACAGAUAUUCUGCGGGCAAAAGGGGUGGAUUUAGUAGUUUUAGAGAGAGGGAGAACUUUGAGAGAAACUAUGGUCCAAUAGGAAAGAGAGACUUCGGAGCAAAAACUCAGAAUGGGGCAUACAGCGCCCAGAGUUUCAGUAAUGGAACACCUUUUGGCAAUGGCUUUGCAGCUGCUGCAGGCAUGCAGGCUGGCUUCAGGGCUGGUAACCCCGCGGGAGCUUACCAGAAUGGCUAUGAGCAGCAGUAUGGCAGUAACAUCGCAAACAUGCACAAUGGCAUGAACCAGCAGCAGUAUGCGUACCCUGCCACUGGUGCUGCUCCCAUGAUAGGUUACCCAAUGCCCACAAGUUAUUCUCAAUAACUUGGUGUAUUUAAAUGUCUCAGUUUUUCAUAAUUGCUCUUUAUAUUGUGUGUUAUCAAGACAGGAUAGUUAUUUAAGAAAUGGGAAAUGCAGAAAUGACUGCAGUGCAGCAGUAAUUAUGGUGCACUUUUUCGCUAUUUAAGUUGAAUAUUUCUCUACAUUCCUGAAACAAUUUUUAGUUUUUUGUACUAGAAAAUGCAGACAGUGUUUUCAAAGUAAAUGUACAGUGAUUUGAAAUACAGUAACAGAAGGCAGUGCAUGGCCUUCCAAUAAAGAUAUUUGAAGACCGAAUUUUCUUUCAGAUGGCAAUUUUCUCAACAUGUGCACAACUUUACAUUAAUGGAAUGUCAAAUGUUUUUAUAUGAAAUUCUAGAAAGGUUUCUCAACUGUGUCUGAUUAAACAUUUAAGCUUCUACAAAACCCAGCCUUGCCUUGAUUGGGCUAGAUUGCUUAGCAUGGCAGGCUCUGCUUGGAUGGGGAAGAAAAUUAAAACUGGCUUCUAAGUAACUUGGAAACAGUGCUCUUCCCUGUCUCACUAGUGUAGAGCCAAUGUUUGGAAAAGAGCCACUGGAGUAAUGGUGUAGCUAAAAGUCUUGCUGACCAAAACUGCAGUGGUGUUGCUAAUGAGCCUCUACAAGCGUAGGUAGCGUUUGCAGCACCGUAACUAUCUCUUUCACAUGAGCAUAUGUGCAGACUAGGCUUGAGUGUAAUGUAUCUGCAGCUGUCAGGCCUUGUGAUGAGUUGGCAUGCAGGCUUACUAUGAGCUUCAGAGAAAUGGGAAGAUCUUAGUAUUAAAACUUCAAAUUAUACUUAAA